AGAUACAUACAUAUAUAUGCAGAAGCUAAAAGAGACGUCUCUCUUGUGUCAGGUGCGGCGUUAAAAUGACUUACAAGAUUUUGGCGAUCGUUCUUUUGGCAGCCAUUUGCAAUGCUGCACCAAAUGACAUAGGGAUUGAUGAUGAUGCUUACGCCUCCGAGGUACACCGGACGUCAGAGGGACUUUUGACGACAAAGGGACACUCGACGCCAGAGGGACACUCCACGCCAAAGGUACAGUCGACGUCAGAGGGAUACUCGACGUCAGAGGGAUACUCGACGCCAGAGGGACACUCGACGUCUGAGGCAACGACACCAGGGGGCCGCCACACGACAGAAACUGCUUCACCAACAGCUUCCCCAACCUCCAGCGAUACACCUAUCACCGAUACACCUACAACCACCAAGUCGCCUAACGCAGGUGGCCUCCCGUCCUCCUGCCUGCCCCUGGUUGGCACAUUCGCAUCCCUGAUUAUAAUGUUGUCCAAAACAUCAUACUAAGAUAUUUUUUGUGUCAAUAAACUGCAUCAUCGUCACCAG